AUGGACCACGCAAAAGUCCUCCGCUUCCAAUUGGGACUGGUCUCACCUGAUUUCAGGUCGUUGGAGCCUGUUCUCCUUGAGUUUGACCGCUACCUCACGCUGCGCACGUUGGUCGACGGCUACCAACUGGCCGAGGCUGACAAGUCCCUGUGGACCAUCCUCUGGUCCAACAAAGUCGCCCGCGGCCUUGUUCGAAAGUCGGCAUUCCCAAAUAUCACGCGAUGGUUUUCCUACUUGGAGGCUACUUUUCCACAGAUUCAGCAGGAGAAACAAAAUUUGGCCAAGCACGCCAAUGUAUCCACAGCUAAGACCCAGCCCCGUUACAACAUGAAGUUACCGGAUAUGGAUGAUGGAGUCGUUACUAGAUUUCCUCCCGAGCCUUCUGGCUACUUGCAUAUUGGACAUGCUAAAGCGGCCUUUCUAAAUGAUUACUUUGCACACGACGCAACUUCGGGGUCUCUGAUAUUGCGAUUUGAUGAUACGAACCCACGAAAGGAAAAGAAGGAAUUCGAGGAGUCCAUCAUCCAUGACCUCGGUCUUCUCGGGAUCUCUCCACAAAAGGUCACCUACACCAGCGACUACUUUGCGAGGCUCUAUGAGCUCUGCCAAAAGCUGAUAUCGUCUGGUAAGGCAUACGCUGAAGAUACCGAUCCCAGGAUUCAAGCUCUAGAUCGACGUGAUCGCCUACCCAGCAAAUGCAGAGAUCGGCCGGCUAGUGAGAGUCUUGCCAUCUUCGCCGAGAUGCGGGAUGGAACGGCACUUGGCAAAAAGCACUGCAUCCGCGCUCGCAUCACAUACGACAGCAGCAACGGCGCCCUUCGCGACCCCAUCAUAUAUCGCUUCCCCAACUGGGGGACUGGGGAGACGCCGCAGCCCCAUCAUCGGACAGGCUGGGCGUGGCAAAUCUAUCCCACCUACGACUUUGCCUGCCCCCUGGUGGAUUCCAUCGAAGGUGUCACGCACGCGCUGCGAACAACCGAGUACUCUGAUCGUAACGAUCAGUACUGCUGGUUCCUCGAGGCGUUGGGCCUACGACGCGUUCAUCUCUGGGAUUUCGCCAGAAUUGGCUUCAUCCGAACAUUUCUCUCUAAGAGAAAGCUGCUCCAGGUCGUCGAGACUGGCAGGGUCGACGGCUGGGACGACCCACGUAUGCCGACCGUUCGAGGCAUCCUCCGCCGCGGCCUGACGGUCGACGCACUGCGACAGUUUAUGUUAGAGCAAGGCCCGAGCCGGAACCUCGUAUUUAUGGACUGGACCAUUUUGUGGUCCGUGAAUAAGAAAAUCAUUGACCCCGUCGCACCUCGGCAUACAGCUGUCAUGUCGAAAAACGCAGCACUGGUCACCAUAACGGGCGGUCCCGACACGUCACAAAAGGAGUUGCGCCCAAAACAUCCCAAGAACCCGGCCAUCGGGAUGAAGACUUUGACAUUCGCGUCCGAGAUCUACAUCGAUCAGUGUGAUGCCACACGUAUUCACAAGGACGAGGAGAUCACUCUUAUGGGGUGGGGAAAUGCGCUUAUACGGGCCAUUACCAUAUCUAAUGAUGGCACCAUCACUGCUCUGCAAUGCCAGCUUCACCUAGACGGCGACGUCUCAAAGACAGACAAGAAGAUUCACUGGCUUGCCGCGCAGGACAGCGACCUCGGUCAGGCGGAGCUGUGGGAGUUUGACCACCUCUUGCUCAAAGACAAGCUCGAGAAGACGGACCAGCUAGACACGUUUCUUAACCCAGUCACGUCUAAGAUGGAGCAGGCCAUGGUCGACGCCGACUGCGCAGAGCUUGCCGAGGGAGCCAUCAUUCAGCUAGAGAGGAAGGGAUACUUUCGCGUCGAUAAAGCAACAGGCCAGGGCCCCGAGGGUAAAAUGGUUAUGUUUAAGAUCCCGACAGGCGGAAAAUCGUAG